GAAAAUAUGUUGAACGUCUCCGUGGUGCAGACAAGACCGUCGAGAAAUUUCCAUGCCCUACCUGUCACUCAGAGUUUACGCUGAAAUCAGACCAAGAUGUCACUGAAUUGGCAAGGAAUGACUUCAUCAAAAACACGCUUGAAAUUAUGGCGAUUCAAGAAAAGGCGAAAGCGUCUACUGCAUGUUCGCGAUGCAAGGGUCUUGCUAUCAAUCUGUGCACAUCAUGCAAAAUACUUAUGUGUCAGAAAUGUUCAGAGUCGCAUGAUAAUUGGUUUACCAUGAAAAUCCAUAAUGUAUUAUCUGUUCAGGAAUUGAGUGAACCUGAUGGUCAAGUAAAAAUGAGAAGCAAGCUUUAUUGCAAGAAACACGAGGACAAAAUACUCGAAACAUAUUGUGAAACAUGCAAGGAACUUUGCUGUAUUCACUGCAUGCUGUCAAAUCACCUGAAACAAGACCAUUCUUGUGUGGCAGUGAAUGAGGUGGCACAAAAGCAAAGAGAAACGUUGCGAUCAAACUGCACAACACUUCAUGAGAAAUUAUCCGAAGGAAAAGAAGCGUUAAACAACAUUUGUAAGGUGAUGAAGUGCCUCGAAAUGAAUGCUAAAACUGCCAAAGAUGAAAUCAAAGAACAAAAGGAAAAUAUCGUGAAGAUUGUUGCAGAAAAGCUUGAUGAGAGAGCAGAGGAAAUGUAUCGAGAAGUGGACAAGGUUUAUGACGAAUUACAUGGUGAACUGAGCGAACAGCAUGACGAAAUUAAAGAUUAUCUUGAUAAAGUCCAAGAUUCAGUAUCCUUGCCAAGAAAUCUCCUAAAAGGAGGAAGUAUUGAAGAAAUUCUCUCAUCACGAAAAUUGAUUGAUGAAAAUAUUGAGAAAUUGAACAAUGAACAACCAGGAAAUCUAGCCGCAGUGAAUGAUGGUGCUAUUCAGUAUGUGCCUGACGAUAUUGGUAAUAUCAAUGUUGACGAAGUUGUUGGUAAACUAGGACACAUAAAAG